GAGUGUCAAUUCAAAAGUCAAAUGAAACGUAAAACGUCAACAGUCAACUAGCCUAGUAGCUCUUUUCCUUUUAUUCCUGUGUUAUUUCUGACUUGUGGUAGGUGAAAACUGUGAAAGGAUCUUCAUAUUAUUAUUAUUAUAUUUUCUUCCUGAAAAGAACACUUAAAAUCAACCAAAAAUGGCCCUCCACGUUCCGAAAGCCCCAGGCUUUUCUCAAAUGAUGAAAGAAGGCGCUAGGCACUUUUCUGGACUAGAAGAAGCUGUAAUCAGGAACAUAAUAGCUUGUAAAGAGUUCGCACAUUCUGUCAGAUCUGCCUAUGGUCCCAAUGGCAUGAAUAAAAUGGUCAUCAACCACAUAGAAAAGCAAUUUGUAACCAGUGAUGCUGCCACAAUCAUCAGGGAGCUAGAUGUAGAGCAUCCAGCUGCAAAACUCAUGAUAAUGGGCAGUCAAAUGCAGGACUCUGAAGUAGGAGAUGGGACAAAUUUUGUUAUUAUAUUGGCAGGUGCACUACUAGAAUGUUCAGAGGAGCUGAUAAGAUUGGGUGUGACUCCAAUUGAAGUAGCUGAAGGCUUUGAAACUGCCUUGGAAAAGUGUCUUGAAAUCCUCCCUACUCUUGUCUGUAGAGAAAUCAAAGAUUGCAGGAAUAUUCCAGAAGUUGUGCAAGGAAUAAAAACCUCAAUCCAAUCCAAACAAUAUGGAAAUGAAGAUUUCUUGGCAGAGUUAGUUGCUAAAGCUUGUGUUUCAAUCAUUCCUGAACAAACCACUUUCAAUGUAGACAAUGUCAGAGUUUGCAAGGUUUUGGGAUCUGGGUUGAACAGCAGUCAAGUAGUGCAAGGGAUGGUAUUCAAGAGGCAAGUGGAGGGAGAAAUCACAAAAAUUGAGAAAGCAAAAAUUGCAUUGUAUAGCUGUGCUGUAGAUAUACUUCAGACUGAAACAAAAGGUACUGUUUUGAUAAAAUCUGCUGAUGAGUUGAUGAACUUCAGUCGUGGAGAAGAGGACCUAUUGGAAAUCCAGAUCAAAGCUAUUGCAGACACUGGUGUCAAAGUUAUUGUGGCUGGUUCCAAAUUUGGAGAUAUGGCCAUGCAUUAUUUGAACAAAUAUGGUAUUAUGGCAGUCAGAUUAAAUUCAAAGUUUGAUUUAAGAAGACUCAGUAAAACGGUUGGUGGAACAGUGUUGCCAAGACUAACUGCUCCCACACCUCAGGAAAUUGGAUAUGCUGAUAUAGUUUGUGUAGAAGAACUUGGAGACACCCCUAUUGUAGCUUUUAGACUAGUAGGUAAGGAAUCCAGGAUUUCCACCAUUGUGAUUAGAGGAGCCACAGACAACUACAUGGAUGAUAUAGAGAGAGCUAUAGAUGAUGGUGUCAAUACUUUCAAGUGUAUCGCUCGUGACGGCAGAUUCGUUCCCGGCGCAGGCGCCACCGAGGCCGAACUGUCCGUCCAGCUGGCCAAAUACGCGGACACGCUGCCCGGCCUCGAACAGUACGCAGUGCGAAAGUUCGCCGCAGCCCUGGAAACGUUCGCUAAAGCGCUGGCGGACAACAGUGGACACAGGUCUUCGGCCGUGUUGGAAAAGUUGCUCGCUGCGCACAUGAACGGAGAUAAGAACGUCGGGGUGGACAUCGAAACCGAGAACGCGGUUUGCAACGCUUUGGAGAAGAAUAUUUUGGAUUUGUACGUUUGCAAGUUCUGGGGCUUGAAAUAUGCCGUGGGGGCAGCCGCGACGAUCCUGAGGGUGGAUCAGAUCAUCAUGGCCAAAAGGGCGGGCGGGCCCAAGCCGAGGCAGCCCCAGGGCAGCGAUGAUGAAUCUUAGUCUCAAUCUCAGUUUUCUCAGUGCUUUUUUUAAUUCAUUAUUAAUGCGACUCAUUUUUCACACUAGCUUAUUGAUACUUUGUUUCAUCCUGACUAUGUACUUUUUAGUUAUUUUUCAUUAAAAUGUUUAUUAAUGUCA